AUGGAGGACACGCAAACCUUGCUGAAGCCUGCAUCAUCCAGGUCAUGGCAAUGUGACGGUAGCCGAUACAAUUACAUGCCACCAAGGCAGUCUUUAUUCUCGCAUCCCAUUCAUCACUUCCAGCAGAUCUUGCUGAAAGCACUGAUGAGAUCGAAGCAAUUGUACCGCAGGAGAUGCGUACAUUGCAACAGUCUGGAAGCAGAUUGGCAGCCUAAUUUGAAAUAUCUUCCCUUUUUGGAUGAUGCUAUGUUGUACUUUUCUAAAACCACAGAGCACAUAUAUCCCCAGUUCAUAAUUCAAAUGCGUCCUUCAGCAAAAAAGGCCGUGAAUGAAUGUUCUCAUUGUAGAGCCGUCCUUUUUCUUGGAUUCAAACUCUAUCCAGAAUUUGAGCUGCUCGACAUAACCGAAAUUGAAAUCUAUAUAACUUUCAUAUCGCUUCACUUUGUCAGGGUAAAACUCUGGGUAAAAUCAGUUAAUCCACAUUCUCAUAUAUGCUUACCUUUCUCUAUAUAUGAACCCUCAGGAUAUAGAGCCAACACAAAUGCCUCUGAAGGAGCAGAAUUUGAUAUUCCUAAGACCGCAGCCUCCAAGGAGACUUUCUGGUUCAUUAAAGACCGCUACCAAAACUGCCUUCAGUACCACAUUCAGUGCAAGUCGGAAAGCCCACAGUGGGCACCUACUAGAUUAAUUUGGCUCGAUCCUCAAAAUGAUGAUGUCCGCCUGAGCGUUGAUCAUAAGCCCGAUGUCGAAUAUGUUGCGUUAAGCUAUUGCUGGGGUGGAGUUGAGUUUUUUCAGACCACGCUAGGCAAUUACGAAUCCGUGUUGAAUGCUAUUCACUUUUCUAAUCUCCCUCAAACCUUUCAGGACGCUAUCACUGUAGCGCGCAGUCUAAACUUCCGCUAUAUUUGGAUUGAUUCUAUUUGCAUCAUCCAGGAUAGCUCGACUGACUGGGCACAGCAAUCAUCUCGAAUGGCAGACGUCUACAUGAAUGCAUGCCUAACGAUAGCUGCAACCUCAAGUCCUAACGCUCAUGCCGGGUUUCUGUCCGUACCUCACGACGGGCGGUAUGAUCCAGUAUCUCAACGGUUCCCGCAGCGGAACACUCCUGAUUUACUGUUGACAGCACGUAUCGAGCCCACCGACUUACACGAAAAGGUCAAUAUGGGCCCACUAGAUCAGCGUGGCUGGAGUUUCCAAGAAAAUCUGCUAUCGAUGCGAAUAUUAAAGUUUACGGUCGCAGAAGUCAAAUGGACUUGUCAAAGUGAAGAUAUUUGUGAAUGUGGUGGGGACAGUGCAAUUUCUAGUUUUCGCAAUAUCAUGCGCUUCUUGAACCAGAUGAAAGGCAGCUCCGACUUUCAUACUGUGUGGCUCAAGACACUUAAUGAGUAUGGCAACCGUAAACUGACGUACCAAAGUGACCGUCUUCCGGCUAUGUCGGGCAUAGCAUCUGUCGUACAGCGAGCAACUUCUUCGGAAUACGUAGCAGGGCUGUGGACAGACACCUUCGUUCUCGAUCUGCUUUGGCGAAGUGCUAAACGCGGUGACCUUCCACGUCCCAUCAUACCCAAACGGUUUGGUGACCAAGAGAUCACGGCACCAAGCUGGUCUUGGGCGUCCCUUGAGGGAAACAUAAAGUAUGCACCGUAUUUCAACUCUAAAGAAGUAAUGACGCUCUGUGUAGCGGUUCUCCAAGCGAGUGCUUCACUAGCUGGCUUAAACGUGUUCGGCGAAGUAUAUGGAGGGAUUGCUACUCUUUUGGGUCACUAUUGUGAUGUAUAUUUUAUAGUUGAUGGCCUCCAAUACAGGGAUGACUAUCUGCACUCCCUUCAGAGUCGUCACUCAUUUAGUGAUGAAGUCUUUGAAAUGAAUCCUGACUGCCAACUGUGUAUCCGCAGGUGUCAGUAUCCAGGGAUCCAAAAUCAGCCGCAAGUAAUUUGCAGAGAUAUUGGAGACAUAGAAGCAAGUAAACAUCGAGAUCUAAGGCAGAGUUCGUUCGGUAUCGUCGUUCGCUGUCUCAUCAUCGGUAAAUAUGCUCACGGGGCGUUUGGGGUGCCCAGACGUCGGGAGUCGAGACACCAAUAUGCAAAGAGGACAGGAAGAUAUCCCUGGGACUAUACUGGCAUAGUGUUAGGGAAUUCACGGUCUACACCAGGCGCGUUUGAGAGACUUGGCGACUUCAAGUUGUCAGUUGAGAACAGGGAGGAUUGGAUCAAAAGCUGUCAGUUGGAGAAAAUCACAAUCGUGUGA